UAGAAGCGGCUCCUGCAGCAGCGCGGAGGGAGACAAGGCUGAGUUUAAUACAUCAGUAAACUGGAUUCUUAUGAAACUGGACGCGCCGGAUUAGACAUUUAUUUCAUCUGUUUGCGCACACAGGUUCCCUCGCCUCCCGCCCUUUGUGGCCUGUCUGUAGUCCCUAAUGCCGGAAAUGGCUCAGCGGAGCGGUCAGGAGGACCCUGAGCGGUACCUCUUUGUGGACCGGGCGGUUGUCUAUAACCCGGCCACGCAGGCUGACUGGACCGCCAAGAAGCUGGUGUGGGUCCCCUCGGAGCGGCAUGGGUUUGAGGCGGCCAGCAUCCGUGAGGAGAGAGGAGAUGAGGUGGUGGUGGAGCUUGCUGAGAAUGGCAAAAAGGCUAUGGUCAAUAAGGACGACAUCCAGAAGAUGAACCCGCCCAAGUUCAGCAAGGUGGAGGACAUGGCGGAGCUGACCUGCCUGAACGAAGCCUCUGUACUGCACAACCUGAAGGACAGAUACUACUCUGGCCUCAUUUACACGUAUUCUGGACUCUUCUGUGUGGUGAUAAACCCAUACAAGAACCUCCCCAUUUACUCAGAAAACAUCAUCGAGAUGUACAGGGGCAAGAAGAGACACGAAAUGCCCCCACACAUAUACGCCAUUUCUGAAUCUGCCUACAGAUGCAUGCUUCAAGAUCGUGAGGACCAAUCCAUUCUGUGCACAGGUGAAUCUGGAGCUGGAAAAACAGAAAACACCAAAAAAGUGAUCCAGUACCUGGCGCAUGUUGCUUCCUCUCACAAAGGAAGAAAGGAUCACAACAUUCCACCCGAAUCUCCUAAACCAGUGAAGCUCCAGAGUGGACUCCUGGUUUAUGGGGAGCUGGAGAAGCAGCUGCUGCAGGCUAACCCCAUUCUUGAAUCAUUCGGAAACGCCAAGACGGUGAAGAACGACAACUCCUCUCGCUUUGGAAAAUUCAUCCGCAUUAACUUCGAUGUCACAGGCUACAUUGUGGGAGCCAACAUUGAGACCUAUCUGUUGGAGAAGUCCAGAGCGAUCCGGCAGGCCAAAGAUGAGAGAACUUUCCACAUCUUCUACCAGCUGCUGGCAGGCGCAGGAGAGCACCUCCGCUCUGAUCUCCUCCUGGAGGGCUUCAAUAACUACCGUUUCCUCUCCAACGGCAACAUUCCCAUUCCCGGCCAACAGGACAAGGAUAACUUCCAGGAGACCAUGGAGGCCAUGCACAUAAUGAGCUUCUCCCAUGAUGAGAUUUUAUCCAUGCUGAAGGUGGUGUCUGCUGUGAUGCAGUUUGGGAACAUCAUCUUCAAGAAGGAGAGAAACACAGACCAGGCCUCAAUGCCUGAGAAUACAGCUGCUCAGAAGCUCUGCCAUCUUUUGGGGAUGAGCGUGAUGGAGUUCACCCGUGCCAUCCUGACCCCUCGGAUCAAAGUGGGCAGAGACUAUGUCCAGAAAGCUCAAACUAAAGAGCAGGCUGAUUUUGCUGUGGAAGCUUUGGCCAAAGCCACAUAUGAACGUCUUUUCCGCUGGCUCGUCCACCGCAUCAACAAAGCUCUGGACCGGACCAAACGACAGGGAGCAUCUUUUAUCGGCAUCCUCGACAUCGCCGGCUUCGAGAUCUUCCAACUGAACUCAUUUGAGCAGCUGUGCAUCAACUACACCAACGAGAAGCUGCAGCAGCUGUUUAACCACACCAUGUUCGUCCUGGAGCAAGAGGAGUACCAGCGUGAGGGAAUUGAGUGGAGCUUCAUUGACUUCGGCCUGGAUCUGCAGCCCUGCAUUGACCUCAUCGAGAGACCGGCAAACCCCCCAGGUGUACUGGCCUUACUGGACGAGGAGUGCUGGUUCCCCAAAGCUACAGACAAAACAUUUGUAGAUAAGCUGGUGCAGGAGCAGGGCUCACACGGCAAGUUCCAGAAACCUCGGCAGCUGAAGGACAAGGCUGACUUCUGCAUCAUCCACUAUGCUGGGAGGGUGGAUUAUAAAGCUGAUGAGUGGCUGAUGAAGAACAUGGACCCUCUGAACGAUAACGUGGCCACGCUGCUGCAUCAGUCCACAGACAAGUUUGUGGCCGAGCUCUGGAAAGAUGUGGAUCGUAUUGUGGGUUUGGACCAGGUGGCCGGUAUGAAUGAGACCGCAUUUGGAGCGACAUACAAGACCAAGAAGGGAAUGUUCCGGACUGUAGGGCAGCUCUACAAGGAAUCCCUGACCAAACUGAUGGCCACGCUUCGAAACACUAACCCCAACUUUGUCCGUUGCAUCAUCCCAAACCACGAGAAGAGGGCUGGAAAACUGGAGCCCCACCUAGUUCUGGACCAGCUGAGGUGUAAUGGAGUUCUGGAGGGAAUCAGGAUCUGCAGGCAGGGCUUCCCCAACCGCAUUGUCUUCCAGGAGUUCAGACAGAGGUAUGAGAUCCUCACCCCUAACGCAAUUCCCAAGGGCUUCAUGGACGGCAAGCAGGCCUGCGAGAGGAUGAUCCAGGCUCUGGAGCUGGACCCCAACCUGUACCGGAUUGGCCAGAGUAAAAUCUUUUUCCGCACUGGAGUUCUGGCUCACUUGGAGGAGGAGCGGGACUUGAAGAUCACAGAUAUCAUCAUCUACUUCCAGGCUGUGUGUCGAGGAUAUCUGGCACGCAAGGCCUUUGCUAAGAAGCAGCAGCAGCUGAGUGCUCUGAAGGUUCUCCAGAGGAACUGUGCUGCGUACCUGAAGUUGCGGCACUGGCAAUGGUGGAGGCUCUUUACCAAGGUGAAGCCUCUGCUGCAGGUGACUCGGCAGGAGGAGGAGAUGCAGGCUAAAGAUGAAGAGCUGGUUAAGGUGAAGGAAAGACAAGUAAAGGUGGAGAACGAGCUGGUGGAGAUGGAGAGAAAACACCAGCAGCUCGUGGAGGAAAAGAACAUCCUGGCAGAACAGCUGCAGGCAGAGACGGAGCUUUUUGCAGAGGCCGAGGAGAUGAGGGCUCGUCUGGUGGCCAAGAAGCAGGAGCUGGAGGAGAUCCUUCAUGACCUGGAGUCUCGUGUGGAGGAAGAAGAGGAGAGAAAUCAGUCACUGCAGAACGAGAAGAAGAAGAUGCAGUCACACAUACAGGACCUUGAGGAGCAGCUGGAUGAGGAGGAAGCUGCUAGGCAGAAGCUGCAGCUGGAGAAAGUGACUGCAGAGGCCAAAAUAAAGAAAAUGGAGGAAGACCUGCUGCUUCUGGAGGACCAAAACUCCAAAUUCCUCAAAGAGAAGAAGCUGCUGGAAGAGAGGGUCAGCGAGAUGACCUCCAUGCUGGCCGAGGAGGAAGAGAAGGCCAAGAACCUCGGCAAAGUGAAAAACAAGCAAGAGAUGAUGAUGGUGGACCUUGAAGAGCGUCUAAAGAAGGAGGAGAAGACCAGGCAGGAGCUGGAGAAGGCCAAGCGUAAACUAGAUGCUGAAACCACAGACCUGCAGGAGCAGAUCGCUGAGCUUCAGGCUCAGAUUGAUGAGCUGAAAAUACAGCUGGCUAAAAAGGAGGAGGAGCUUCAGGCUGUUCUAGCCAGGGGUGAUGAGGAGGUGGCUCAGAAGAACAACGCUCUGAAACAGGUCCGGGAGAUGCAGUCACAACUAGCUGAGCUGCAGGAGGAUCUGGAGUCUGAGAAAGCUGCUCGAAACAAAGCAGAGAAACUGAAACGGGAUCUUAGUGAAGAGCUGGAGGCGCUGAAGACCGAGCUGGAGGACACACUGGACACCACAGCCGCUCAGCAAGAGCUUAGGACAAAGAGAGAGCAGGAAGUGGCUGAACUGAAGAAGGCGAUUGAUGAAGAGACCAGAAACCAUGAGUCCCAAAUCCAGGAGAUGAGGCAGAGGCACGGGACAGCUCUGGAGGAGCUCUCCGAGCAACUGGAGCAGGCCAAGAGGUUUAAGGCGAACCUGGAGAAGAGUAAGCAGACUCUGGAGGGGGAUAAUAAGGAGCUGGUUACAGAGGUGAAGGCUCUGCAGCAGAGCAAACUUGACUCGGAGCACAAGCGGAAGAAGCUGGAAGCUCAGCUGCAGGAAGUUUUGGCUCGUGUCACUGAAGGAGAACGGACCAAGGGGGAGCUAGCUGAGCGCUCUCACAAACUACAGACUGAGCUGGAGAACGUGUCUGCUCUGCUGGAGGACGCAGAAAAGAAGGGAAUAAAGCUGGCAAAAGACUCUUCCAGCCUGGAGAGCCAGCUGCAGGACACACAGGAGCUUCUGCAGGAGGAAACCCGCCAGAAGCUGAACCUCAGCACCCGUAUCCGCCAGCUGGAGGAGGAGAAGAAUAAUCUGCUGGAGCAACAGGAGGAGGAGGAGGAGGCUCGCAGAAACCUGGAGAAACAACUGGCAACCCUGCAGGCACAGCUGUGCGAGACGAAAAAGAAGCUGGAGGAUGACUCAGGAGUCGUGGAGGGUCUGGAGGAGGUCAAGCGGAAGUUGCAGAAGGACGUUGAGGCUACCAAUCAGAGGCUGGAAGAGAAGGCUAUGGCCUUUGACAAGCUGGAGAAGACCAAAACCCGGCUGCAACAGGAACUGGAUGACCUGAUGGUGGAUCUGGACCACCAGAGACAGAUCGUCUCCAACCUGGAGAAGAAGCAGAAGAAAUUUGACCAGAUGCUGGCGGAGGAGAAGAGUGUGUCUGCUCGCUAUGCUGAAGAACGUGACCGCGCAGAAGCUGAAGCUCGAGAGAAGGAGACAAAGGCUCUGUCCAUGGCCCGAGCUCUGGAUGAAGCUCUGGAAGCUAAAGAGGAGUUUGAGAGGUUGAAUAAGCAGCUGAGGGCCGAGAUGGAAGAUCUGAUGAGCUCAAAGGAUGAUGUGGGAAAGAAUGUUCAUGAGCUGGAGAAGUCGAAGCGUACGCUGGAGCAGCAGGUGGAGGAAAUGCGCACACAGUUGGAGGAACUGGAGGACGAGCUUCAGGCCACAGAGGAUGCCAAGCUGCGUCUGGAGGUCAACAUGCAGGCCAUGAAAGCCCAGUUUGAGCGUGAUCUGCAGGCCAGAGAUGAGCAGAACGAUGAGAAGAAAAGGCUUCUGGUCAAACAGGUGCGUGAGAUGGAGGCUGAGCUGGAGGACGAGAGGAAGCAGCGGGCACUGGCGGUGGCGGCUAAGAAGAAGCUGGAAAUGGACCUGAAGGACGUCGAGGCUCAGAUUGAAGCGGCUAACAAAGCCCGGGAUGAGGCCAUCAAACAGCUGCGCAAACUCCAGGCUCAGAUGAAGGACUAUCAGAGGGAGCUGGAGGAGGCCCGCUCUUCUCGAGAUGAAAUUUUCGCUCAGUCAAAAGAAAAUGAGAAGAAGCUGAAGAGCCUCGAGGCAGAGAUCCUACAGCUGCAGGAGGACCUGGCUGCUUCAGAGAGAGCGAGGCGUCAUGCAGAGCAGGAGAGGGACGAGCUGGCGGAUGAAAUCUCCAACAGCGCUUCUGGGAAGUCGGCUCUGCUGGAUGAGAAGCGCAGGCUGGAGGCUCGAAUUGCUCAGCUGGAGGAGGAGCUGGAGGAGGAACAGAGCAACAUGGAGCUACUCAAUGACCGAUUCCGCAAGACCUCCAUGCAGGUGGACACCCUGACUACAGAGCUGGCUGGAGAGCGCAGCACGGCCCAGAAGAGCGAGAAUGCCAGGCAGCAGCUGGAGAGACAGAACAAAGAUCUCAAAGCCAAACUGCAGGAGCUGGAGGGAUCUGUCAAAUCCAAAUUUAAAGCCACUAUCUCUGCCCUGGAGGCCAAAAUCCUGCAGCUGGAGGAGCAGCUGGAGCAGGAGGCCAAGGAGCGGGCAGCAGCUAACAAGAUUGUGCGGCGUACUGAGAAGAAGCUAAAAGAAGUGUUCAUGCAGGUGGAGGACGAGCGUCGCCAUGCUGACCAGUACAAAGAGCAGAUGGAGAAGGCCAACUCCCGCAUGAAGCAGCUGAAGCGGCAACUGGAGGAGGCAGAGGAAGAAGCAACGCGUGCUAAUGCCUCCCGCAGGAAACUGCAGAGGGAGCUGGAUGACGCAACAGAGGCUAGUGAGGGACUGAGCCGGGAGGUCAACGCACUAAAGAACCGCCUCAGGCGCGGAGGGCAGGUCAGCUUCCCCUCAGGUCGCUCCGGCCGCAGGCAGCUGCAGAUGGAGGGUGAAGUUUCUGAUGACGACGCCGACAGCAAAGCCAGCGACGUGAACGAGACCCAGCCUACCCCAACCGAGUAACACUACAGCGCCCCUCUGUGGUCCUGCAGUGCUUAUACACCCUGAACCCCCCAAAACAGCACGCCAGAAACCCUCACUCACCCCAGUCCCAGACACACACACACUUUUUCAAACAUGUUAAUGCACAUCACUAUUCAUUGUGCAACUCCUUUCUCUACAGGCCUGUGCUGCAACAAGCAUGAGGAUGAUUACACACACAAACACACACACACACUACACUACACUACAUUAAAUAAACACUAAUCACUCAGUCAUUCCCUUUUAUAUCAAGGGAACCUCAACUCUGCCUUACUCAAACAUGGCGAAGCUUCAAGGUCGAGUGGACGUUUUCUUUCUUCUAAAUUAGUGAUUUAUUGUAAUGUUAGCCUUGAGAAUAAUUGCUUAAGAUGAAACACUAUAUAGGUUCAUAAGUGCAUUUUAUAUGUGGCGUUUGUUGUUGUGUGCACUCACGGACAAACACGUUCACACACGAGCAGCUGCAGAGCAAUUGGAGCCCUAGUUCAGCAAAUAAUGGUGAAACCACUGCUUAGCUGAAGCUCGGACCGCAAGUUAUACGUUAAACUUACGACUGGAGACCCAAACAAGACGUUGAUUCAGCGUACGAAGACUUGGCUGCACAGACUGCGCUCAUGUUUAACACUAGGAAAAGUACACGACUUUCAGGCUGGCUGGACCUGCAGCUGCUUUGAAUCAGACUGGAAAACUAAGCGAGAAAAAAAAAAAACUGUGAAAAAUCUUCCGCUUCAGCUUUGGUACAAAAUAGAUGAGAAAACUUAAGACAAGCACCUGCAAUCAUUUCUGUUCAAGUCGAUUUUUGGAAGAUCUGCUAAAAGUAUUCAGGAGCGCGAUGUGACGGUAUUUGAUGCUGAUGAAAUUGGAUGUAACUGCAAAGCGCUUGGUAACUGCACAUAUUUACUAAAAGCCAUAAGAGGCCACUCAAACUGGAAGGUGUAUGUCGUACGUUUUGGGAGAAUGUGCACACAGAGAAACGAUGUGUACUGGUGAAGCUGUACUACUUGUUUUUUUUUUUUAAUGAAGGUUUUCUCUGGAAGAAUUCUCAUCACGUAUGUGAAGGAAAAAAGAAACCAUUCGCUGCUUCUUUAGACUUUAUAAACAAAGUGCUUAAGGGAAAAAAAACCCUACAGAAAAUGAAGGAUUCAUCUCAAUCAGUGACUGGAACACUAGACAAGUGAAUGCAUGGUUUAUUCACAGGCACUCUUCAUUUCAUUCAUUUUAAACCCAAAUUGAAAAAAGCAGUGCCACUACACAGUGUUGCUGAAGGAGCUGCUGACGCUAGUAUAUCAAUAAAAAUCAGUAUUGUAAGGAAGGAUGAAUUAAAUCAUCUACUCACCUGCUCCAAUAGUAGUAUUUUAAAGUUAAUGUUUCUUUAAAAAGUGCCUUAGUCACUAAUGAAGAAAAAUAUCCACCAAUAAAUGCAUUGUACAUCUAUAGUGGUGUGUGUGUGUGUAUACAAGUGCAACGUUAACAUGAAGGCAAAACUGGCUAAUUAAAUUAAGAAUAAUAAAAGGCAACACUACAUAAACCUAAAUGCGUUUUUUUUAUUCUUGUUUCUCUCCCAUUUUAUUUUUGUUUCUUUUACUGUGCUUUGAAUCAUAUCUGUUAUACAUCCCUCUUCCCUGCUAUUCUGUGUGUGAGCUAUGGGCCAGCUUCAGUGUUAUAUGUAGGAGCCCCCUGUGUUUGCUGCAGAGGAAGAUGCAGGAUUCCGUGGUAAAAGCUUUACUACCCCCAACGAUCUAGUUACCAUUAUUACAAUUAUCAUCAUUAUUAUUAUUAUUAUUAUUAUUAUUGCUAUUGUUAUCGCUCUUAUUAUUGGACUGGCUGUUGACGACCAGACACUCGACUACAACUAUAUCUCUCCUUUUCUCUUGUAUACUGUUACUGUAUUUCUAGACAGUGAUGAUUUUUUUUGUAAAGGAAAAAAAAAUAAAAGCUUCAUUAUAGAAGAAAACCCGG